ACUAUUAACGUCGGUAUGUAUGUAAAACAGGUUGUCGACAGAACAACGACUCCAUCUACUGCUAUCCACAUGCGUACAUACUUAUUCCUGCCUAUUGGCUAAAUCGUAAACAACAGUCAAAGUCAAGUUAAUGUUUUCAUAAGCAUGGAAAAAGAAUGGAUAAAUGAUCAAUGAAAUUUUUGUUCUUAAAAGUUUAUCGCGAUAUACUAUCAUCGAUACAUUGAUAUCCAUGGACUGUACGAAUAAACUGGAGAUGCAUAUCCACUUUUUAUUUAUUUAAAUAACGUUAAAUAUAUUCAACAAUCGUCUUCUAAUGUUCGCGUUACGAUUGGAUAGAAUGUUUAUUAAAAAAUACAAAGUUACACAGAUGUAUUUAAAAAGUUAAAAAUAUGGAGGGUCAUUCGUAUGUUUCAUGUAUCAAGAUUAAUGGAGUUCCUAUUUUACCACCAAUGAUAACUAAAGAUAUUAAACAAGAAAUAUCCAUUUACAGAGAAAGUGCGAUAAACAUAGAAAAGAAAUUGUACAUUUCACGUAUUGGUAAACAAUGUAAUGAUACAGGAGAAGUUGCAGGAGAAUUAAAGGAUACAAAAUCUAGAAAAGGUGUUCAUGGUUCAAGAGAGAAUUCAAGAGAGACUACUUUUGAAUACAAAGAUAAUAAUUAUAAUGAAACUAAUGUUACAGAUACAAAUGAUGUUCCAAUGGAAACUUUCAAAAAGCUUUCUAACGAAAAUUUAGAGAAAUCUUUGCAGUCUAGCAAAGAUUCAAACUUGAGAUAUAAGCCUAAAAAUCAGUUAAAUUUAACUACCGAUACCGUUUCAAGAUCAAAAUCAAGUCUCAAUACUGAUCAUUUGAAUGAAGCAGCUUCAAUAAAAUCUAGUACAGAAACGAUAUCAGGUAUUUGGAAACCAGAAGUGCCUAAGACAUUAAAUGUUAUUCCAUUGACACUGAAUAAUGUUACCUACAAUGGAAAUGAAGAUUUUCCAGAGAGUAAUUUAGAUAAUACAAGAAACACUCCUAAACUAGUACGUCAAGGUUCCUAUGUGUUAGAAACUCCAAGUCCAAUAUUAUUGGCACACAUGCAAAUGGAGUUAGCUAAUUCAACUUAUGUUCCAUGUUCAGAAUAUGUUCCAACAUCGUGCGGAAAUGCAAAUCGACGAAAAGAAUGGACUGUCGCGCAAGCUAAAAUUGAAUGGGAGUAUGAAACUAAAAGCAAAGAAUCUGGUCCUACAAGAAACUCUAAUUCCAAUGUUGAUCAUAAAAUGUGCAAAUCCAUUUCCGCGCAAGCAAAAUCUGAAUCUUCCAUUGUACUAUGUCCGUCGACAAAAUCUGUCGAUUGUAUUCAAACAAUGUUAGCUAAAGAGCAUAUUGAUAAUAGCGAUAUACAAGUUAAUCAAGAUAAAAAACAUGUUGCGAAUAAUAAUAAUGGGAACGAACAAAGACUACAAUCAUGGAAUAAAUAUAACAGUUCCUGCACUUUUGAUCCAGUAUGUAAACUCGGUUGUUCUUUAGAAGAUCUAAACGAGCAAAACAACAUCUCUACGACUAAUAAUUUAAUGGCAAAACUUUCGAGAGAUACAGAUAUACAAAACUCUAUUUCCAAAUUAAAGUCUACUGCCGCGUCUGAUAAACUUUUAACAGUUUACAAAAAGGUACAGGAAAUACAUAAGAAGCAAAUGGCUGAAUUAAUGUUUCGCCAACACAGAGAGCAAACAUUACUUCAAAAAGAAUUUGAAAAUCAACAGUUUCUUUUGUUAACUGAGAUCAAAAAGUCCUUUCCAGAAAUUUCAGUUUCUUUGCUUUCUGAGAAUACUCUGUCUCCUGUUUUCAAUGAAAUUACUACUCAUCACGAUAAGUUUUUUGAGAAUAACAAUGAAAACAAUGUGCAAAAUGUUACAGGAUUGAAAAAUAACUUAGAGCAAGAGAAUGGAAUUGAGCAUUCACAAGAUAAUAUAAAAAUAGCUUCAUGUCCGUUGAAUUAUAUUUAUCCUGAAAUGAAUUAUGAUAAUAUUCCUUGUUCUACUAGAUAUUCACGUACGGCUCAGUCAGUGGAAACUGAACUAUCGUCUGAUGUUAAUAAUUCUGUGAAGAACAUAAAAAGAAGAGAUACUGAGAUGCAAUUAAAUGACGUAGAAAAUUAUAAAGAAAGAUUAUUGAAAAAAAGUGAAACAAAUAAACGUUCAAACGUUAGUCGAGAAUUAUUUCCUUUGGAUAGUAAAACUACGCAUGUACCAAUCCCUGAUAGAACAAUAUAUGAGACUAAACAUAUUAAAGCAGCAAAUGUAAUAAACGCAUACGCAAGAGGCUAUUUAGUUCGUAGAAUGAUGCGAACUGAACGUGUGAUUGCUUUAAAAAACACAUAUAAAGAAGCUUUGCAUUGCAUGCUUAAACUUCACGUUGAUGCACCUCUUAAUCGUUCAGAAUUUAAUUUCUUACAUCGGCUUCAAUUACAGUGCGACGCAGCCUCUAUGAAUAUAGUGGAGUUGUUCGCCCAAAAUCCCCAGAAAAGAAUGCAAGUAAUAGCGCAAGAUCGUGAAAUUAAACAAUCUCGCAUAGAACGUCCAACAUCAGCAAGAUCUUAUUCGUUUGCAACUCAGCGGACUUUAGCCAGGAAAAAACUAAAGGAGAUGGAAGAAUAUCAACCAACUUCGUUUGUUCGUUCAUGUUCAUCUAGAUCUAGAUGUCAAACUUGGACUUCAGAUAUUAAGGACAGGCUCAUUUCCUCAAAUAUUUUAUGUCAGACCAUUAAAAGGAGUACCAGCGCAGGGACUGUGCGAAAACCAUGGCGGUAAAAUAAUACAACAGUGCCUUCUAUUAUUGAUUUAAUAUAUGUACAUUGCGUUAAAAAUAUGUAAACCAAUUCCACGUUGUGCCUGAAUUUUUUAAUAAAUUUGUUUUAUA